UUUCCCUUCAGCCAGCAGCACGGCGCUGUGCUCGGUUAAAUGUGGCCCCAGUAUUCCGAUGCCACGGUUCUAGGUUAGUGACCUAGAUUUUACCAGAGAUGCUGUUUAAUGUCGCCGGCAGGUGUGUAGAAAUCCAUCCUUUGUCCAUGUCAGAACGAGGCAAAAGGUGCUGGAAGUGACUCGGAGCUCACACGGGGACGUUUGGCGGACCGGGGCGGACUUUUGGCAGGACUUCGCGUUGAGGUAGAAAGUUACGCUAAAGUUACCAAAAUGGAGAUUCACGAAGGAGCGGCGGGCGACUGCGUGCUGGACUUCUCUCGCCUCAGUCUGGAGAGCCUGAGCGUUGACAGCGUCCGCGACGAGAGGAGACGGGACACCCGGCAGAUCUACCUGAGCUACAACCGGCUGACCUCGCUCCCCUCGUCGGUCGCGGUGUUCUGCAACCUGGAGUUCCUGGACAUCAGCAACAACCGGCUGUCGGUCAUCUGCGAGGACCUGAGCCGGCUGGCCAAGCUGAAAACCCUCAUCGCCAAGAACAACCGCCUGGACGAGUUCUCCCUGCCCAAAGACUUCGGCUCGCUGCCGCUCGAGGUGCUGAACUUUAGCGGGAACCGGUUCGAGGAGAUCCCGCUGCAGUGCACCAAACUGCUGCGUCUGCAGUCGCUCUCGCUCGGCGGAAACAGACUGAAAAGUAUCCCUGCGGAGAUAGAGAACCUGGUCAGUUUGGAGAUGUUGUACCUGGGUGGAAAUCUCAUCACAGCCAUUCCUCCUGAAGUAGCCAACCUGCCCUACCUCAGCUACCUGGUUCUGUGUGACAACCGCAUCCAAAGCGUCCCACCGCAGCUCACCAGGCUCCACUCGCUGCGCUCUCUGAGUCUCCACAACAACCUGCUGACGUACCUCCCCAGGGAGAUCCUCAGCCUGGUGCACCUGCAGGAGCUCAGUCUCCGUGGCAACCCGCUGGUGGUCCGCUUCGUCAAGGAGAUGAUCUACGACCCGCCCUCGCUGCUGGAGCUGGCGGGACGCACCAUCAAGAGCAGGAACGUCCCCUACUCGGCCAGCGACCUGCCCUCCAACCUGCUGCUCUACCUCAACCUGGCCAGCAAGUGUCCCAACCCCAAGUGUGCAGGCGUGUACUUCGAUUCCUGCGUGCGCCAGAUCAAGUUCGUGGACUUCUGUGGGAAGUACCGGCUGCCCCUCAUGCACUACCUGUGCUCCCCGGAGUGCACGUCCCCCUGCAGCUCCAACCCGCAGAGCGACGCCGAGUCGGAGGAGGAGAACAGCGUCCCGGCCGACCGCCUGCAGCGAGUGCUGCUGGGGUAGCGACCGCGGGGGGAACCUCCUCGUCAGCCGCCCGCACUUCUACAGGAGCCUGCUCUGGACUUCACCACAUGCUCACACACCCACACUUCUUUUUUUUUUUUACUUUAACUCACAGGAUGUGAGAAACGGAACAUGUUUAAUCCAUUUUUCCAGUUUUUUAUUUUGGGGAAACGUCUGUUUUGUCACAUUUACACAUUAUUCUGCCCGACGGCUGAAGGAAGAGUCCGGUUGACCUAAAAAGACCUGCUGGUCUCAGGACUGACCACAGGGGGGCAGUAAAACUCUGGUUUGGACUGUGAAGACAGAUCCUGCAACAUGCUUCAUUAUUCCGACACAUUCUGCUUUUUAUUGGCUGCGGUACGACAUCCUGAGCGGUGAACAUCGCUCUGCUUAUUCCAGAUGUUGGAAAUACGCUUUUCUUCAUUUCUGACUGACCAACGGAAAAUCGGGGCCAAGAUGAAGUUUUUAGAGAUGACAUUUCAAACACUAAAAGUGGUUUUCUACUCAACAUCUCUGAAUUGAUUAUGAAGUGGAAGAGUGUGUUAUUUACAAGACACAAUGGAUAAUCUUCCAUCAGUGUUUUUGGCAGCACUGCGGUCGUCGUGUAGUAUUUUGAACUGGCUCCGGAGUAAAAUGAGGUUUUGCUGGUGGAGAAAUGCCGGUGCAGGCUGGCUCACAGGAAGUGGAAGUGGGGUGGACCAGGGAAAAGCGUUUGCCGUGUUAGCACAGGAACAAUAGGUAUUCAGCAGGACGCGGCGGUCGGCUUCACCUCCGAUUUCUCCGAGCGUAAACAGACGAAUGCGACUGAAGCCCACACUCAAGGCUCAGUUUUUUAUUUUUUAGGAUUUAACAGCGGUGUAGUGGUUAGCACACUAGUCUCUUAGUGAGGGGUCCCUGGUUUGAGUCCGGGUUUGGUUAGUUUGCAUGUUCUCAAUAUGUGCUUGAGGUUCCUCCACCGACAGCCAGAGAAAAACACACGUUUCAGAUGAAUCGGUGGAUCGAAAUCGCACAUAAUGGUGAAUGUGGGUGUGUGUGUGGGUUUGUGUGUCUGUGUGUGUUUGCCCUGGGAUGGACCGUGACCUUUCCCGGACGCACUCUGCCUUCGCCCGUAGUCGCCCCCCCCACCCCGCUCCUGUGCUGAUAAUGAAGAUGAUAUGAUGGAUGUUUAGAAACAUGAAGAACUUUACCCUUCAUGGUCCUGUAGCAGAUCCUAAGUGCCUUACUAAUGCUAACGGUUACUUAAAACAGAGUAGCAAACUAAAAGAAAUAUGUCCGAGUCUAAAAAAAAUAAAGUGAUAUAUGCACCCUGAAAUGUGAAACGUUUAAUACAAAAAAAAGACUGAUUUAGUACUCAUCUGCUAAACCACAGAUAAUGAGAAGGUUACCUUUUCUUUCUUUUUUUUUUAACAAAAUGUAUGGCUUUUAUAUAAAUUUUGCUUUUGAAACGUUGAACCUACUACAUUUCAAAUUACCUGCAGAAUAACCGGCACUUACACAGAAAUGGUAUUGAUAUGAUAAUUAUAUGUACUUUCUCCCUAAUGAGGUAAUGUAAGUAGAUGGGACAGUAUAUAAUUACAAUGAUAUUAAUAAAGACUGGUUGUUAUCUUUA